AUGGGGGCUCCAGCCCCGCGCGCCCCCGCGCCCGCGCUCUGCCUGCUGCUCGCUUGCGUCUGGCAGGUCCGGGCCGAGCCCGCAGGGCAGUCUCUGCGGGUCCAGUCUCUCGGUGAGAGAGGGUCUUGUUUCUCAUCCAGCCACAGCCAUCAGGAGGCGAUCCUUGCCGUAGGGGAUGCUACAGCAGUGAUGGGAGGCCAGGAGGCUGAAGCCCUGGACUCGUUGGCCAUGUCUUCCUGGGAAAGGCGGCUGCAUCGGGCCAAAUGUGCACCAUCUUACUUGUUCUCCUGCUUCAACGGUGGUGAGUGUGUGCACCCAGCCUUCUGUGACUGCAGACGCUUCAAUGCCACUGGGCCGCGCUGCCAGAUGGUGUACAAUGCCGGCCCUGAACGGGACAGCAUCUGCCGGGCGUGGGGACAGCACCAUGUGGAGACGUUUGAUGGCCUCUACUACUACCUCUCUGGGAAGGGUAGCUACACGCUGAUGGGGCGCCAUGAACCUGAGGGGCAGACCUUCUCAGUCCAGGUGCACAACGACCCGCAGUGCGGCUCCUCGCCCUACACCUGCUCCAGGUCUGUCAGCCUCUUCUUGGCGGGCGAGCAGGAGAUCCGUCUGGCCAAGGAGGUCACCCAUGGAGGCGUGAGGGUCCAGCUGCCACACGUGAUGGGGAGCGUGCGUCUGCAGCGGCUUGCCGGCUACGUCCUCGUGCGGCAUCAGUCGGCCUUCACACUGGCCUGGGAUGGCGCCUCGGCUGUCUACAUCAAGAUGAGCCCAGAGUUCCUGGGCUGGACCCAUGGGCUGUGUGGGAACAACAAUGCCGACCCCCAGGAUGACCUGGUGACCAGCUAUGGGAAGCUGACGGAUGAUGUGGCUGAGUUUGUGCACAGCUGGCAAGCGCAGGCCCCCAACCAGCCUCCAGGGCCCACAACCUCCUUCCCGCCUCGCCCACCGUGCCUGCAGCAGAGCCCGGGAACCAUGCAGGGUGUGUACGACCAGUGUGAGGCGCUGCUGCGACCGCCCUUUGAUGCCUGCCACCCCUACGUCAGCCCUCUGCCCUUCACGGCCAGCUGUACCAGUGAUCUCUGCCAGUCAGUGGGUGAUGAAGCCACCUGGUGCCGGGCGCUGGCGGAGUAUGCCCGGGCGUGUGCCCAGGCGGGGCGGCCCCUGCAGGGCUGGAGGACCCAGCUCCGGCAGUGCACCGUGCGCUGCAAGGAGAAGGGCUUUGUCUACAAUGAGUGCAUCGCCUGCUGCCCCGCCUCCUGCCAGACCCGGGCGUCCUGCGUGGACAGCGAGAUCGCCUGUGUGGACGGCUGCUACUGCCCCAAUGGGCUGAUCUUCGAGGACGCGGGCUGCGUGGCACCAGCUGAGUGUCCCUGUGAGUUCCAUGGGACCCUGUACCCGACUGGCUCUGUGGUGAAAGAAGACUGCAAUGCCUGCACCUGCACUGCGGGCAAGUGGGUGUGCAGCACAUCUGUUUGCCCAGCCGAAUGUUCAGUGACCGGCGACAUCCACUUCACGACCUUUGACGGCCGCCGGUACACGUUCCCUGCCACGUGUCAGUACAUCCUGGCCAAGAGCCGCUCCUCAGGCACCUUCACAGUGACACUGCAGAACGCCCCAUGUGGUCUGAACCGGGAUGGAGUCUGUGUCCAGUCAGUGUCAGUGAUUCUGCAUCAGGACCCUCGGAGGCAGGUGACCCUGACCCAAGCGGGGGAUGUCCUUCUCUUUGACCAGUACAAGGUCACCCUACCCUACAUGGAUGAUGCCUUUGAGAUCCGGAGGCUGUCCUCCGUGUUCCUGCGGGUGAGGACCAACGUGGGUGUGCGGGUGCUCUACGACCGGGAAGGAUUGCGGCUGUACCUGCAGGUGGACCAGCGAUGGGUGGAGGACACAGUGGGCCUCUGCGGCACCUUCAACGGCAACACGCAGGACGACUUCCUGUCCCCAGUGGGUGUGCCGGAGAGCACUGCACAACUCUUUGGCAAUUCUUGGAAAACAUUGUCUGCCUGCUCGCCGCUGGUCUCUGGCUCCUCACUGGACCCCUGUGAUGUGCACCUGCAAGCCGCCUCCUAUGCGGUGCAGUCCUGCAGCGUGCUCACGGGCGAGCUGUUUGCGCCCUGCGCCGCCUACCUGAGCCCUGUGCCCUACUUCGAGCAGUGCCGCCGGGACGCCUGCCGCUGCGGGCAGCCCUGCCUGUGUGCCACGCUGGCCCACUAUGCCCGCCUGUGCCAGCGCCAUGGGCUCCCUGUGCCCUUCCGUGCGCGCCUGCCCGCCUGUGCACUGUCCUGUGAGGCCACCAAGGAAUAUAGCCCCUGCGUGGCCCUGUGUGGACAAACCUGCCAGGACCUGGCCAGCCCUGAGGCCUGUGGGGUUGAUGGUGGCAGUGACCUCAGCAGGGACGAGUGUGUGGAGGGCUGUGCCUGCCCACCGGACACCUAUCUGGAUACCCACACUGACCUCUGUGUCCCCAGGAACCAGUGUUCCUGCCACUUCCAAGGAGUGGACUACCCCCCUGGAGACAGCGACAUCCCAUCUCUGGGCCACUGCCACUGCAGAGAUGGAGUCAUGAGCUGUGAUAGCAGAGCCCCAGCUGCUGCCUGCCCAGCAGGCCAGGUCUUCGUGAACUGCAGUGACCAGCACACGGACCCCGAGCUGAGCAGAGAGAGGACAUGUGAGCAGCAGCUGCUGAACCUGAGCGUGCCAGCCCGUGGCCCCUGCCUCUCAGGAUGCGCCUGUCCCCAAGGCCUACUCAGACAUGGGGACGCAUGUUUCCUGCCAGAGGAGUGCCCAUGCACUUGGAAGGGGAAGGAGUAUUUCCCUGGGGACCAGGUUAUAUCCCCCUGCCAUACCUGCGUAUGCCAGCACGGCUCCUUCCAGUGCACCCUGCACCCCUGUGCCUCCACCUGCACGGCCUACGGCGACCGGCAUUACCGCACCUUUGACGGGCUCCCGUUUGACUUCGUGGGGGCAUGCAAAGUGCACCUGGUCAAGAGCACAUCAGAUUUCAGCUUCUCCGUGAUUGUAGAGAAUGUAAACUGCUACAGCUCUGGCAUCAUCUGCAGGAAGUUUGUCUCCAUCAGUGUGGGGAACUCACUCAUCCUCUUUGAUGACGACUCAGGAAAUCCCAGUCCUGAGAGCUUCCUGGAUGAGGACCAGGAGGUCCACACAUGGCAAGCAGGGUUUUUCACGCUGGUGCAUUUCCCACGGGAGCACAUCACCCUCUUAUGGGACCAGAGGACCACAGUGCACAUCCAGGCUGGGCCACAGUGGCAGGGCCAGCUGGCGGGACUCUGUGGGAACUUUGACUUGAAAACCAUCAAUGAGAUGAGGACCCCAGAGAACCUCGAGUUAACUAACCCCCAGGAGUUUGGUAGCAGUUGGGCUGCAGUCGAGUGUCCAGACACCCUUGACCCCCGGGACACAUGUGUCCUGAAUCCUCUCCGAGAACCAUUUGCCAAAAAGGAGUGCAACGUCCUGCUCAGUGAGGUGUUCGAGACCUGCCACCCUGUGGUUGACGUCACUUGGUUUUACUCAAACUGCCUGACGGACACGUGUGGGUGCAGCCGGGGCGGUGACUGUGAGUGCUUCUGUGCCAGUGUGUCUGCCUAUGCCCACCAGUGCUGCCAGCACGGGGUGGCCAUUGACUGGCGGACCCCGCGCCUCUGCCCGUAUGACUGUGACUUCUUUAACAAAGCACUAGGGAAGGGCCCUUACCAGCUGGCCAGCUUGGCGGCCGGUGGUGCCCUGGUGGCUGUGAAGGUGGCGGGCGGUGCUGUAGUCCUAGUGAGUGCAAAGGAUGUGGUACCCAGGGACAUCGUGAACUUCCUGCUGACGGCUGCGCUUUACAAGGCCAAGGCCCACGACCUGGAUGUGGUAUCUCUGGAGGCAGCGGACAGACCCAACUUCUUUCUCCAUGUCACAGCCAAUGGGUCUCUGGAGCUGGCUAAGUGGCGGGGCAGCGAUGCCUUCCACCACCGUGCCUCCUUCUCGUUGCACCGGGGAAUGUGGCGGGCAGGCCUGGUGGCCCUGGAGUCCCUGGCGGAGCCCGGGUGCUUCCUCUACGUGUCGGGCCCCACGCUGGUCCUGCGGCUGUACGAGCACACAGAGGCAUUCCGCCGGGGCACCCUCUUCCGCCUUCUGGAUGCCAGGCCCUCGGGGGUUGCCUACCCUGCCUGUGAGUGGCGCUACGAUGCCUGUGCCAGUCCCUGCUUCCAGACCUGCCGGGACCCCUGGGCAGCCAGCUGCCGGGACGUGCCCAGGGUGGAAGGCUGUGUGCCUGCGUGCCCCGCCCCCAAGGUCCUGGAUGAAGUCACACGGAGAUGCGUCUACUUGGAGGACUGUGUGGAGCCUGCGGUCUUGGUUCCCACAGAGGCCCUUGGCAAUGAGACCCUGCCUCCCAGUCGAGAGCUGCCCACCCCCAGUGACAAGGAGCUACAGUUUCCACAGGAAACUCCCGGAGUGCCCUCCCACAGGCCAGCACUCACCCCAGCUGCCCCACUCACCACAGCCCUGAACCCACCCAUGGCAGCCACUGAGGGGCCUACACUGUCUCCAGGCCCUACCCAGGCCACUCUGCAGCAGCCGCUGGGGGUCACUGCAUCUAACCUCCCUGGCCACCCCACAGAGGCCCCAGCCAGCAAGAGAGUGACUGCCAGCCGCCUGGCCACUGCCCAUGCCCCAGAGUCCUCAUCCCUCCCCCUUUUGAGAAGGACUCUCACACCUGGCAUGGAGUCGGGUGCCAUGGAGACGACCAGGGUGACUGUGACCUUUGCAGGGAGCCCCAACAUCACAGUCUUGUCCCAGUCAACUCCCGGACCUCACUCCCCACUCAUGACCAAAGCUGUGACGGUCCUAGGCCCUGGCUCCUUGCCUGUUAAGACAACACCCCUCCAGCCUCUUCCGAGCCUGGAGUUGCCUGCAAGUCCCUCCUCCAGGCCUGUGGCUUCCCCUGGAGUGACCUCUAGGCCCCCCACUUCCUCAGGAUCCCAGGAGGCUUUGCUGACACCUGCAGUAACGAAGGUCAUGAAUGGGACAGGGAUCCCCCAGCCCAUAGCGGCCCAGAGCUUUUCCAGUCCCAGCAGCCCCCCAGCCAAAGCUAGAACAGCAGAACAGGUUCCUGUCAGUCCCCUGGUGACCAAGAGAGUGGAGACGGUGCCAUCCACAGAGAAGGUCCAACCUGGGCCCGGCCAGCCCAUGGGCCUGCCAGUGUCCCCACUUCCAAGCCCGCUCCCCACUGCCCCGCCCCGCCCCGCCCGGCACACCACCACAGCCACCCAGCCCCCAGCUCUGCCUGCAGGGACUCCAGCUGCCACCAGCCUGUCCACAGUGGCUCAUGGGCUGGGGGCCACAUCCUUCAUGUCUUUGGAGUCAACUCGGCCACCCCAGCUCCUCUCUGGCCUGCCUCCCGACACCAGCCUGCCCCUGGCCAAGGUGGGCACGUCUGCCCCAGUGGCCACACCAGGCCCCAAAGGCUCCAUCAGCUCCCCUCCGCUCCAGCAACAGGCCACAUCUCUCUCCGUGGCCACGACCCCACCUGCUCGGACACUCAGCCCAGGACUGCCUGUCACCUCAGCUGUUAUGGCCCAGGUGCACCCGCCCAGUCACACAGUCCCUCAGGCCACAGGCACAGCUCCAAGCCGGCUUCUGGGAGCCACAUUGCCAACCUCUGGAGUGGUGGCCAUGGCUGAGGGGGCAGCCUCCACAGUGUCAGUCACCCCCCGAAAGAGCACCACGGAAAAGAUGGCUGUCCUGUCCAAGCAGGUGUCUCUGCCCCAGGGCGCGCCCACGGAGCUCGUGCCUGCUGUGGCCCACACUCUUGCCACCUUGGCAGCCGAGGCCGAGGGCCCCAGGGCCAGCACGGCUCCAGGGGUGCCCACGUCCUCUCCACAGAGCCGCGUCUCAGCCAGGACGGCCUCCCGAGAGAGCGCGCUGGUCUCACUCCCUCUGCUGCCUGAGGCCCAAGGGACCUUGGCGGGACAGGUCCCGGUAGAGCCAGUGGGGGAAGCCACCACCGAGCAGUCUGCACGCUCGGCCCCAGCCCAGAGCAUCACGGAGAGUUCAGCCGCGGCCUCGACCACCACCGCUGAGGCCGAUACAUCUGCCGCCUGUGUCCCAAUCGCCGAGCAGGACUGCGUCCGCCACAUCUGCCUGGAGGGCCAGCUGAUCCGUGUGAACCAGUCCCAGCACUGUCCCCAGGGUGCCACACCCCCUCGCUGUGGGGUCCUGGGCCUCGCUGUGAGGGUGGGCGGGGACCGAUGCUGCCCACUCUGGGAAUGUGCCUGCCGAUGCUCAAUCUUCCCUGACCUGAGCUUCGUGACCUUCGAUGGGAGCCAUGUUGCCCUGUUCAAGGAGGCCAUCUACAUCCUCAGCCAGAGCCCAGAUGAAAUUGUCACCGUCCACGUCCUUGACUGCAAAAGUGCCAAUCUGGGACACCUCAACUGGCCCCCGUUCUGUCUGGUGUUGCUGAAUGUGACUCACCUGACCCAUCAGGUCAUCAUCGACCGCUUCAACCGGAAGGUGACUGUGGACUCUCAGGCUGUGUGGCCCCCAGUGAGCAGAUACGGGUUCAGAAUUGAGGACACAGGCCACAUGUACGUGAUCCGGACGCCAUCACACAUCCAGAUCCAGUGGCUCCACAGUUCGGGACUCAUGAUCCUGGAGGCCAGCAAAGCCAGCGAGGCCCGGGGCCAUGGCCUGUGCGGUAUCUGUGAUGGGGACGCAGCCAAUGACCUCACCCUGCAGGAUGGUUCUGUGGUGAGUGCAGCCGAGGAUCCUGCUCCGUUUCUGGACAGCUGGCAGGUGCCCAGCUCCCUGACCUCAGUGGGCCAGACACGCUUCCGCCCAGACAGCUGUGCCACGGCCGACUGCUCGCCCUGCUUGCGCAUGGUGUCCAACCGCACCUUCAGCGCCUGCCACCGCUUUGUACCCCCAGAGUCGUUCUGUGACCUGUGGAUCCGGGACACCAAGUACGUGCAGCAGCCGUGCGUGGCACUGACUGUGUAUGUGGCCAUGUGCCACAAGUUCCACGUGUGCAUUGAGUGGCGGCGCUCCGACUACUGCCCCUUCCUGUGCUCCAGUGACUCCACAUACCAGGCAUGUGUGGCAGCCUGCGAGCCCCCCAAGACGUGCCAGGAUGGGAUGCUGGGCCCACUGGACCCGGAGCAGUGCCAGGUGCUGGGCGAGGGCUGCGUCUGCUCUGAGGACACCAUCUUGCACCGGCGCCACUCAGCACUCUGCAUCCCUGAGGAGAAAUGUGCCUGCACCGACAGCACGGGGGUGCCGCGGGCCCUAGGGGAGACAUGGAACAGCUCCCUCAGUGGAUGCUGCCAGCACCGGUGCCAAGCCCCAGACACCAUCGUCCCAGUGGACCUGGAGUGCCCAGGUCCCCGCCCCAAGAGCUGCCCGCGGUUCGGGGAGGUGGCCUUGCUCCUGCCCACCGAGGAUCCCUGCUGCCUGGGGGCUGUUUGUGUGUGUAACCAGACUCUGUGUGAGGGCCUCGCCCCCACCUGCCGCCCAGGCCACCGGCUCCUCACCCACUUCCAGGAGGACUCCUGCUGCCCCAGCUACAGCUGCGAGUGUGACCCAGACCUGUGUGAGGCCGAGCUAGUCCCCAGCUGCCGCCAGGACCAGACCCUGAUUGCGGGCCGCCUGGGGGACUCGUGCUGCACCUCCUACUUCUGUGCCUGUGGCGACUGCCCAGAUCCAAUCCCCGAGUGUCAGGAAGGAGAGGCGCUCACGGUGGACAGGAACACCACGGAGCUCUGCUGCCCUCUCUACCAGUGUGUGUGUGAGAGCUUCCGCUGCCCCCACGUGCAGUGUGGCAUGGGUACAGCCCUGGUGGAGGUGUGGAGCCCAGACCGCUGCUGCCCCUACAAGUCCUGUGAGUGUGACUGCGACACAAUCCCGGUGCCUCGGUGCCACCUGUGGGAGAAGUCCCAGCUGGACGAGGAGUUCAUGCAUAGCAUGGAGAACGUGUGUGGCUGUGCCAAAUAUGAGUGUGUGAAGGCCCCCGUGUGUCUGAGCCCUGAGCUGGGGGUGAUGCAGCCAGGCCAGACGGUGGUGGAGCUCUCAGCAGAUGGCGUGUGCCACACCUCCCGCUGCACCGACGUGCUCGACCCUCUUACCAGUUUCUACCAGAUCAACACCACCUCCGUGCUGUGUGACGUCCACUGCGAGGCGAACCAGGAGUAUGAGCACCCACGGGACCUGGCGGCCUGCUGCGGCUCCUGCAGGAAUGUGUCCUGCCUCUUCACUUUCCCCAACGGCACCACCUCCCUGUUCUUGCCCGGGGCGUCGUGGAUCUCAGACUGCGCCCGCCACCACUGCAGCAGCACUCCCCUGGGCGUUGUGCUGGUCCGCUCGCCCAUCAGCUGCCCACCACUCAACGAGACCGAGUGUGCCAAGGUUGGGGGCUCAGUGGUACCUUCCUUGGAAGGAUGCUGCAGGACAUGUAAAGAGGACGGGCGCUCCUGCAAGAAGGUGACCAUCCGCAUGACCAUUCGCAAGAAUGAAUGCAGGAGCAACACCCCCGUGAACCUGGUGUCCUGCGAUGGGCGGUGCCCGUCCGCCAGCAUCUACAACUACAACAUCAACGCCUACGCUCGCUUCUGCAAGUGCUGCCGCGAGGUCGGCCUGCAGCGGCGCUCCGUGCAGCUCUUCUGCGCCACCAACGCCACCUGGGUGCCCUACACGGUGCAGGAGCCCACCGACUGUGCCUGCCAGUGGUCCUGA